UAUUUAACAUUUGAUCUAUUAAAAUCGAUUUAUUAUUUAGGAUUGACAUUAAUCUGAUUCCAUCAAUCAUGUUUAUUGUAACACUGUACAAAUAGCAAGAAUUGUGUCACAUAGACAGUUUUUUUCAUAUUCCCACCCAUAAAAAAUACAAACACUUCAAAAUUACAGUGUUCAGUUAAUAAAAAUGUUAUCGAAAUUACCGCCAUGUGCUAAAAUGAAAUUAGCCGAACCAUUAUACGGGCGAAUGAAACGGAUACAAGUAUAUGAAAAUGGCGAUCCAAGGUGUUAUUUAUUGAAUAUCGUACCGAGAAAUUUUAGAACUUGGAACGCCGUUUUACAACAUAUUACGAACGUUAUACGACCGAACUUUGGACCAGUGAAAAAAUUAGUAGCGUUAAGAACUUGCAAAUGCAUUGAAACUUUUGAUGAACUCGAUUCUUGUGAAAAGUAUAUAGCAUUGGGAUUCAAUGGAAAUUUAAAAAUGAUACCGGGAGGAUACAGAGACGUCUGUCCACAAAAAGGAUAUUGUAAACAGUUAUAUUGCGGACAGCUCGAUUCGAAGAUGUCAUGUUUUUUAAGUGCAACUAAAAAAAAAGGUUUAACCAUCAUUUACGUGGUGAGAAACGGUGUUUGUGUACAAGUACCAAGUAAAAUAGUACUAAGGAAAAACGAUUUAAAGAGUUGGGAUCUUAUUUUAAGGUUUCUAAGUAAGAAAUUAGAUAUACCGGAAGGAGCGGCAUAUAUUUGUACUAUAUUUGGGGAAAUGUUGUGCGAUCCUCGAGAAUUACAACACGGAUUUGUAUACGUGGUAGUACCUUACCAAGAAGAUUUCGUUAAACUCGAUUAUUUACAAUGUUUCAAGUACAUGUGUUGUGAAUAUAGGCGAAAUUACGUUGUUGAUAUUAAACCGGCGAGCUGUUUAUCCAAAAGAAAAAAUAAAUAUGGAAAUAACAAGAAAACAGAACAUCCGACUAGUGAAAAAAUUACAUCGUGUACUUGUUCUCCCAAUUUUUCUAAACAAACUAAUAAUAAAAAUCCUGCUGGUUCUUCAGACGGACCUGUUACAUCUGAUUUAUACAAUUUUGACAUAGACAGUAUUGAAAUAAAUGAAGAAGUAAUUUGCUCUCCUUGCUCUAAAUUGGAACUUAAGAAUAGUAUGAAUGUGGAAAAACCGUGUUACUGUGGCAACUGCUCUCCUCGUCCUGAAGCGAAGGAAACUCACAAUUUACAAAAUUACGAAAAUAACAUUUGUAAUAAUGUCAUAAAUACCAACGAAAAUAAUAAUAAUCCUCCAGAAACAAUCAAAACACCAUUUUUCUUAAACUAUCUCAAAAAGAUUUCUAAUCCCGACAAGGACAACGUAAUACAAUUAAUAAAACCUUGUGGACGUGAAGCUUGUCCAGUAAAAAUAAAUCGCAGAGCUAAUUCCAAUCAGAACAAAGAAAAUCAAAUAAAAGAAAAAAAAUUAGUUGAAGGUUGUUUUUAUGAAAACAUGACUGGCAAAUUUAAAAAUGAUUCCCUAUGUUGUUCAAAGAAAAGGAAUACAAAACGUUUACCGUUCUGUACAGAUCACAGCGGUAAAUUGGAUGGUCCUGUAGAUGAUAGUACAUCAAAUUGUAUCGAUGAACAAGAAGAAGAACGAAAUUACAGAAGAGGUUAUUGUGCUACAUUUAUUAGAACACAACGGAAACAGGAUCGAUUACAAGUACAACCCAAAGGAUAUCGAAAACCGUUAACAGAAUGCCUCCCUAAGACAAAAAUUAUAAAAUGCAAAUCAAAGACGUGCUUCAUGUGUAGAAGAAUAUCAAAGAUAAAAAUUGAAAUUGAUAAAAUGAAAAGUUGUCCCGAUUUGAAAGAAAUUAUCGAAAUGUCACGACGUAGAAAAAUUUGUAACAAAAAUAAGAUACCCACAAAGACUACCUCCACUCUGUACAUUGAAGCGUUACAUCCACGAUCAAAUUGUAAACCAAUACAUAAUACACCUGGUCCUUGUUCUUUUGGUUUGGGUAAUCGCUCUGGUAGGUUUUGUUAAACCCAACAAAUAUCUACAGAGUGAAAAAAUAAAUUAUUAGUGAAAAAUUUUUUUUUCAAUUUCUACUUUGUGUUUACGGGUUAAAUAAUUCAAAUAAUAUUUUGAUAUUUCUAUCUUUAUCUAUAUGUUUCGUAUUUAUUUUAAUUAACCAGGUAUACAUUUCACAAUUUUCCAUAAUUAACAAAUAAUUAUUGAUAUUUUACUUGUUAUAUACAAAUAUAAAUAAAAAGAACUCUAUCCUA